UGGGAGGCGGGCUCAAAUACGAGUGGACGCCAUCUUGCAGGCUCGGAUGAGAAGAAGCCUCAUUUGUGCUUUCGGCUACCAUUUGACAAAGCUUAAAAAACGAAAAACGACGAUUUACUUCACUUAUCUGAGGGUUGAAAUAAAUCCGACGAAGAGGACGCAGCAGCUUAGAGUUCCCCGAGAUGGCCAGUUUGAACAAAUCGGCCCGUGCUUGAAGUCAGCUAAGGCCUCUCGGAGUUUGGAUUCCAGACACCUGCUGUCAAACUCCAAGCUCGCCCCAAACUGAACUGCUCAAGCUCCCCUCAUUCCCAACAGAAAUCUGUUCAAAAACACUGAAGAGAAGUUUUUGCUUCAUGUCCCAGAAACGUCAAUAUUGUGCUAUUGGGAGUGAUAUUUGGACACAUUGUACAGUAAACACAGCCCCGAGAGGGGAGGACUACCUUUAAUUGUGAGUGUUUCCAGCUGAGUGGAUUCACUCCUCACUUGAGGUUCAUCGUUACUGGACUGAGAAGCUAAGAAGGAAAUAUAGGAAAUAUGAGCACUGCCAGGACGGAGAACCCGGUCAUCUUGGGCCUGUCGAACCAGAACGGACAGCUCCGGGGCUCGGUGAAGCCGGCUGGAGCGCCAGGUGGUGGUGGUGGUGGUGGCGGUGGAGGAGGCCCCCAACAGCCACUAAACCAGAUGAAAGGCACAAUCAACAAUGGUAAUGCCCAGACAGCCCCCACGACUAACGCUGUCAUCAAGCCUGGAGAUGACUGGAAGAAAAAUUUGAAGUUGCCCCCAAAAGACAUGAGAAUGCGAACUUCGGAUGUGACGGCAACAAAGGGCAACGAGUUUGAAGAUUACUGCCUAAAGAGGGAGCUGCUCAUGGGCAUCUUUGAGAUGGGCUGGGAAAAGCCGUCUCCCAUUCAGGAGGAAAGCAUUCCCAUCGCGUUGUCCGGGAGAGACAUCCUGGCCAGAGCCAAGAAUGGCACAGGGAAGAGUGGAGCCUACCUCAUUCCCUUACUUGAGCGCAUUGACCUGAAGAGGGACUAUAUACAAGCACUGGUGAUAGUGCCCACCAGAGAACUGGCUCUGCAAGUCAGCCAAAUAUGUAUCCAGGUCAGCAAACACAUGGGAGGAGUGAAGGUGAUGGCUACCACAGGUGGAACCAACCUACGCGAUGACAUCAUGAGACUGGAUGAAACUGUUCAUGUGGUCAUUGCCACCCCUGGGAGGAUUUUAGACCUCAUCAAGAAAGGAGUGGCCAAAGUCAGUCAAGUGCAGAUGAUUGUUCUGGAUGAGGCUGACAAACUCCUGUCUCAGGACUUUGUGGUCAUGAUGGAAGAGAUUCUGGGCUUCCUCUCCAAACAGAGACAGAUUUUACUCUACUCUGCUACCUUCCCCCUCAGCGUGCAGAAGUUUAUGAACUCGCACCUGCAGAAGCCCUACGAGAUCAACCUCAUGGAAGAGCUCACGCUGAAGGGUGUGACUCAGUAUUAUGCUUACGUCACAGAAAGGCAGAAGGUGCACUGUCUCAACACCUUGUUCUCCAGGCUCCAGAUCAACCAGUCUAUAAUUUUCUGCAACUCCUCUCAGAGAGUGGAGCUCCUUGCCAAGAAAAUCUCCCAGCUGGGCUAUUCGUGUUUCUACAUUCACGCCAAGAUGAGACAGGAACAUCGCAACCGUGUGUUCCACGACUUCCGAAACGGCCUCUGUCGAAAUCUCGUCUGCACUGACCUCUUCACAAGAGGAAUAGACAUUCAAGCUGUGAAUGUUGUGAUCAAUUUUGACUUCCCGAAGCUGGGAGAGACGUACCUUCAUCGCAUUGGCAGAUCUGGCCGCUUUGGACACUUGGGUCUGGCCAUCAACCUGAUCACAUAUGACGAUCGCUUCAACCUGAAAGGCAUCGAAGAGCAGCUGGGAACAGAGAUCAAGCCCAUCCCCGGCAUCAUCGACAAGAGCUUGUAUGUGGCCGAGUACCACAGCGAGACCGGCGAAGAAGUUAAGCCAUGAGCCAAUAAGCCCAUCCUCCAUUCCCCUUUGGACCGUCACCCACCCCAGCCUGAUUUUUUUUUUUUUUUUUUUUUUUGGAUCCCUUCAGCAGGAAUGUGAAAGUUUUUGAAUGCGUUUUGGAAGAACUCUUCCCUUUUCACAGGGCUCAAUGCUGCACCGCUUGCACUGAAGACACCCCUUUCGACCACAUCCCCUCUGCAUGAGGAAAGUGCGGGGACAAGUGGACUGGAUAUCCCCGCACGCAGCGGUGACUCUUGACAUGAAGCCAGCACCCAGAACCCCCCCUGCUCCUCCAAAAAAAAAAAAAGAAUCCCCACCUCCAUUUGCCAUUUUUGUUCUUGUUUUUGGAAUCAUUUUGUAUGAAGUGCCUUAAGAAGCAGUCCAACUCGUUGUGAAGUAAUAACCCUCGUCGUCAUCAAUCAUAACCACUUUUUCCAUUUCUGCUUCUCCGGGGGCCUGCUCCGCUUCAGUCUGGCUUAACAUUGCAGGACAAACUUGGAAACAUCCCAUGCCACCCCCCACCCCCAACAGACAGCGCUGCUGGAGUUUUUGUUUGUAUUAAGAAAAGCCAGACUGUCCGUUAUUUUGAGUUGUGAGCGUUUGCUUCAAGAAGAGCCCGACACUUUCCUCUCGUCUUCAGCAGCAGAGCAAAAUUCGCAUGAUGGUGCAGUCAAUCAACAACGAGAGUCCUGAGGAUUCCUUAACCAGUGGAGAUUUGUCGCUUUUUUUUUUUUUUGUGGUCCACCUUGCUCACCUUCCUAUGGAUGGCCGUACUUAACUCUGUGAGCCUGUGUAUAUAUCUUCAUUUUAAGAUUCUUUUAAGAGAAGUUAACAAGAAGGCUGGCUGCAACACAAUACCAACCCUCCUCACACGCAUAUACUUGUUGGCACUGGAGGGACCGUUUGAAUAACUGCCUGUUGGCUUGUGACUUUAUUUAUAGUUUUAGAAAUGGCAGAAUGAUUUAGAAUCGAAAGCAAAAGACCCCCCUGUGCAUGAAGUGCCAUUGAGGCCAAGUGUCAUAAUUGAAAGUUGCACUUAAAUUGAUUAGUCAUGCGUUUUUUGUUUUAUGGCCAGCUUCGACGUGACAGAUUGGACUGCAUCGUCCGACUCGCUGCAAUGCAGAUUUGCUUGGUGGAUGCUUUGGUUUCCCCUCCCGACCUGUUGCGUACGGACAUACAAGGACGAAGGCAGCAGCCAAUUUUGAGUUCAACGAGAAUGUCGUGUGGAAAAGCAUCAGUGACACAUCUUACCUGGGGGGGGAAAAAAUGUAGCAGGAUUUCAAGCUGCACGACGACACGUCGAAAGAGAGAAAAAAAAAGCAACCCAGCACAGGUUGGCACUUAGAACGCACAGAGUUGAGUUCAGGCAAUAACACGGACGGCUUUUUGUACCUGCUCUGCCAACACGAACAGGUUGCUCGGAGGAGAUUCCUUAAAAACAAGAAAAAUGAAGGGGAAUGGCUCUGAUGGAUGACAAAUGGCUUGGACUGCAAACUUGGACUGAGUUACUGGCUUAUACUUCUGCCCUUUUGUUUGUGUGUUUGGUUAUACGUCCUUAUAAAAACCCGAUUUUUGCACGAAAGCUCUUUGGAGCCUUCUUGGAAAGUUUGGGUUCCCUCUCGAGGCAAGAUGUUCUUCGAACUGUUCUGACCAACAGCGACGCUUUCAAAAUGUUCCUUUUUACGUCGUCGUUGCUUCAGAAUGGCGAUUUUCCCCUGCUCACUCGCGUCUCACAUUGUCCCCUGAAGAGUUGACUCAUGUAAUUUGGCUAAUUGGACAGGGUGGGAGGGAGGGAGUUCUUUGCGUUUGAAGAAAAUAUUCAAGCUAACCAAAAAAAUAAAAAAUACGAGUGAGCGAGCGAGUUGGGGGGGAUCGAAACUUUGCAGACACUCGGCAGCCGUCUGCAGCCUGGCGACGUGUUGGCAGUACUCCAGCUUGUUUUAGUUUUCAAGGCGGGGUCCUACUGGACAAAUGAAUAUGAAGGGAUGCUGUCUACUGCCGGCGGUCGCCAUGUUGAGAACCUUAGAGACUGAGACCCAAGCAUCUUGCCAAACUCUUUAAUUGGAUCUGUUUAAUAAACCAGUGUCUCAUUCUUUAAGGUCAUUUUAAAUUGGGGGGGAGGGUGAAUUGGCUUACUUGCUGCCCUGAUGCACAGGAAUCCUCCUUGAUAGUAUGACUAAUUUAAAAGCAAACGACACGCCUUUUGUGUCCUAUUCGACUCUGUCACUUUCUGUCCACGAGGAUGCUGCUGAUGCAUUAGUACACUUGGGGGUGCACCUGUUUGCAAGUGAACGGAGAGGGGUCAAAUUAAAUGUUGCCCUGAUUUACAUUUUUUGUUUUUUGCCCCAAAAAUUGUUCAAGUUUGGAAAACCCAAAUUUUAAGUUUUUUUUUUUCUUUUCAUAGAAAUUUGGUCAGCAUUCAAUUGGCAGAAAUUUCAGUGAAGCUAAUUUUACAGAGUUGAGUUAAAGACAACACAAAUGAAAAUGUAAUAUUGGGCUUAAAAAUUUAAAGUUUGGUUCAAAAUAAAGCUCACUGAAUUUA